AUUUUUAUUACUCUUUACUAAUUUAUAUGUUAAUAUGAAUAUUAAAUAAUUAGAAAAGUAUAAUCUGGCAUAUGGUUUUUUCUUGCGUUUAUGAAAUGUACUAUUAUUUUUACUACAUAAAAAAAAUUUUAUCAUAUACUAACUCAAUUUUUAGGUUACAAGUAGCAUAUAUAACCUAAGAAGUUUAUACGCUGAUGAAAUAGUUGCAUAAUAGGAGCAGUGUUUUCUUAUUGCGUUUGUAGUUCAUAUUUUGUCCAUACCUGUCGCUGAAGUCACACACGUUUCGAGCGAAAAAUGUGCAUAUGAAAGCUAUAAUUUCUGAGAUUAUUAGUAAUAAAAGGUUAUGUUUUAUAGAAUGACAUUAUAAAUAUACGUCUUUAUAAGUUUUUAUAACGUAAUGUUAUAAUAAAUAUGUUAAAAUGGAAAAGCCCUGUCGAACAUGCACUGACUUUAAAACAUGGGUAAAGUUACAGCAGCAAACUUUUGAUUCAGGAAAGAAUGAUGCUCAAAAGCAGCAAUCAAAUAAUAUUAAUACAAACAUUACUACCACUCAACGUGAUGAUUGUCCGUUAACUAGAGAUGAAGUAGGUUCAAAAACAUGGGCAUUUUUACAUACAAUGGCAGCCCGUUAUCCUGAUCAUCCAAGUGAAGAGCAAAAAAGUGAUAUGAAAAAAUUUAUGUAUAUAUUUUCUAAGUUUUAUCCCUGCCACACCUGUGCAGAAGAUUUUCAAGAACAAUUAAAAGAUAUGCCACCACAAACUGACUCGCAGAAAGUUUUGAGUCAAUGGUUAUGUGCUGUUCAUAAUGAGGUAAACAAAAAGUUAGGUAAACCAAAGUUUGAUUGCAACUUAGUUGACCAAAGAUGGAGAGAUGGAUGGUUGGAUGGUUCAUGUAAUUGA